AUGGGCAAGUCAUUAUCUGCUUGUGGUCUGGCUGUUUUAAUGGAAGACACUGAUAACCAGAUUGAUAGAACAAAAGACAUUCAAGAUGCUUUAGAUGCUCCGAUUCCUCAAAAUUGUAUAGAAAGUCGUGGCUUGCUUAAUACGGCACAAAAGGAAAUUUUUACUUGUAUUAUGCAGCAUAUCGUAGAAGGAAAACCAGGGGCAUUUUUCGUAGAUGGUCCUGGUGGAACUGGUAAAACGUUCUUAUAUAAUGCAUUAUAUGCUGAGAUCCGCCUUAUGAAUAAGAUUGUUUUACCUACUGCUACGUCUGGAAUAGUUGCAGCAAAUAUUCCAUCAGGUAGAACAGCACACUUAAGAUUCAAAAUUCCAUUGGACAGUGAUGCUUCAUUAGCUUGCAGUGUUUCUAAGCAAAGUAGCCUGGCAGCGUUAAUAAAAGAAACAUCUCUUAUAAUAUGGGAUGAAGCAUCUAUGGCAAACAAGCAAAAUCUAGAAUCUCUAGACCUUUUAUUACAAGACAUAUGUGAUAGUGAUGUGAUAUUUGGUGGGAAGGUAAUUGUCUUCGGUGGAGACUUUCGACAAGUGUUGCCUGUUGUUCCUAACAAGACUAUUAGAGAAGCAGUGGAAGCAAGUAUAGUGAGUUCUUAUAUAUGGCAGCAUUUGCGGAGAUUCAGGUUAACUGAAAAUCUAAGAGCUAGGGAAGAUCCUUCAUUUUCUCAGUUUUUAGUUGCACUGGGAAACGGUGAACUGCAGACCAUGGAAAGUGAUUUUGUUGAGUUGCCACCUCAGAUAGUGCAGACUUUCCAGCCUGAUGCUGAUCCAAUAGAUGAGUUACUCGAAUCUUCUUUUCCAGAACUUGGUUCAGGUGCUCUGGACCCUCAAAUCUUUUCAAGAAGGGCUGUUCUAACACCUAUAAAUGACGAUGUAGAUACUAUAAAUUCGUUCAUGAUUGAGAGAUUCCCAGGACAAGCCAUAUCUUAUACAAGCUAUGACAGUUUCCUAGAUGAUAGUGGCAGCGUAUAUCGUACAGAAUUCCUGAAUAAACUAUGUCCAGGUGGAAUGAGCCCUCACAAUCUUGUGCUCAAAGAAAACUGCCCAGUAAUAUUGCUUAGAAACCUUCUGCCAUCUUCUGGUUUAUGCAAUGGAACGCGCCUUAUAUGUAAAAAGUUUUUCCCUAAUUUAAUUGAGUGCGUUAUUUCUAUCGGACAGUAUCAAGGGGAACAUGUAUUUAUACCCAGAAUUAAACUCAGACCAUCAAGUUCUCAGAAAUAUCCUUUCCAAUUUCAGAGGAACCAGUUUCCUAUCAAGCUCAGCUUUGCAAUGACUAUAAACAAGUCACAGGGACAAACUUUAGAUCAAGUGUUAAUAUAUCUCCCUCGUUCGUGUUUUUCACAUGGUCAGUUAUAUGUGGCUCUCUCACGUGCACGGUCUGCAGAUAAAGUGAAAGUUGUAUCAGUGGCUCCUACUUUACAACAUUCAGAAAACUCUGUUAAAAAUGUCGUAUCUUAUGCUGUCCUAAAGCUAGCAGGAGUAAUUUAG